GUGGAUCACAAUGUGUAUUUUGUGUUGGUUUUUUUCUGUUCAUCCAUUUCUAGAAGCAUCAUUUUGGAUAAGAAACAAUUCAAAUCAUUAUGAAAUAGUAGUUCAUCAUAUUUCGUACAUUUACAAUGUCGUUUAAUAAUGAAACUUAUAAUUUAUCAACCUCAUUAUCUAAUGAGACUGAAAAAUUAGCCAGAAUAACUAAUGACAAUUGUUCAUUGUUCAGUAAUUACGAAUUCAUUAAAUUAUCAAAUUCUUAUCCAUCUCUUAAUUGGAAUAGUAAUAUCAAUAGCCAUGACAUCACAUAUACAAAACCCAAUUUAUGUCCCAAUGAAUUGAAUUCACUAACAGAAUCAAAUAGAUUUCAUUCCAUUAAAUGUAUAAACUAUGACAAAGAAACUUUGCCAAAUAUGAAUACUGGAAAUCCAUUAGACUAUUCUAUAAAUUCUUUAAUCAAUAAGAAAGAAAAAUCAGUAUUACCAAUAAUCAAAUCAUCUUUUUUAACUGAUUCUAAUUCUAAUCAUAAUUUAAUUCAAUAUUCAAAUGGAAAUAAUAACAUAUACAACACAUCACCAUCUACUUGUUCAAUUGAAUACACUUCGAAUUCAAUAAAAAAUGAGAUCAAAAGUCCUAAAUUGAAUGAAAAACUUACAUUGAAACGUAGAUAUUCCAAAAAUCUUUCAAAUUCAUCUACUAAACAUUCUAAGAAGUAUAUGAGAGUAGAUUAUAACAAUGAUACCGGCCAAAAUCGUUUCAUUAUUGAUCACAAUAACCAAAAUAAUAGCACCAGUCAUUUUCCAACGACUAAACAAUUAUACACCGAUAAUUUAGUUAAAGAAACAUCAGCUUUAAAUAAGACUAUUGUUUCUACAAUCGAAUGGAAAACGCAUAAUAAUAAUAAUAAUAAUAAUAAUACAGAUUUUAAAGGGUAUAAUAAAAAUUCCAUGGAUACCAUAAAAUUAAGUAAAACUGUCCAGUCAGAUGACCAAAAUAUUCUAUUUAAUGAUAACCACAAUGAAAUCAAUGUUAGUAAUGAUAAUGAUAAUAAUGAUACAAAAAUGAAUACAAUCUCCACAGGAGCUUAUAAAUAUUUAACUUGGCGUGAAAAAGAUCGUAGACGAAGAUUUCGUGAAGAAUGGAAACAUUUAUGGCUUGUUAUACCAUAUGGACGUUAUGAGGUUAUGUGCCUUGUAUGUCACAAAAUUAUGACACAAAGAAAAUUAGAUACAAUUAAACGUCAUAAUGUUCGACGACAUGGUGAAUUACAAGGAAUGUCUCAUAUGGAAAGACAAAUCUUAUUUGAUAAACUAUUAAAACAACAUAACGAAACAAUGACAAAUACAUCUGAUAUUUUAUCAAAUAAACUAUCUAAUAAAUCAAAACCUAAAUAUAAAUCUACAUCUGAUAAUAAUACAAUUAACUCUUUAAAUGGUAAACAUUCAAAUGAAAUGGUCAAUGAUUUAAUACAACAUACAAAUAGUUGGUUAACUAAUCCGAGUUCUGAAAUAAAUCAAGUACCGCAUCCGAUUAUGAAAAGUUAUUCCUCAUCAAUUAAUUUACCAUUUUCUGAUCAUAUACCAUACAAAAGAAAUAAAAGAUUGUUUAAUAAAAAAGAUAAAAAGUUGCAUACAACUACUGAAUUAAUAGAAAAUACUACUAACAAAAAAAAUAAACGUUUACCAAAAAGGUUACAAAAAGACAAUUCACAUUGUUCUUUAUCUAAUUCUACAGAAAACUUAAAUGAUCAUUAUAACUUAUCUGUCAGUACAAAUCCUCUUGAAAGAUUAUCAUUUAUUGGAUGGAAGAAUUAUUCUGAUGCAUUAGAUAUUUCCAAUUUGGGAGAUCAAUUAAAAACAAGAUCCGAUAAAAAAACAUUUGUCUCCAAUGUUACAUCAUCAAUUUCAAUGAUUCAACCAUUAUCAUCAGUUUCAACAAUAUCUCAUCUAACAACUAAUUGUUCUUUACCAUCUCUUUCAAAUGCUUCAUUUGUUUUACCAUCUAAUUAUGAGAUAGAAAAAUUGAAACAAUUAAUAAAGCCUUUUAUUUCAUUAAAUUAUAAUCUAUUUUCACAAUCAUUAUUAUCAUCAUCACCACCUAUAAAAUUACCAACAUCAUGUUAUACAAUGGAUAAUUCAAAUAAAUUUAUAAUGCCUAGAUUAAGCAAUGAAUUAAAUUGUACUACUGUAGGUGGUGAUAUAUUGCAUACUAAUUUGAUGAAUUCAAUCAAUAAAGGAAAUCAAAAUAUUCGACUUGAUAUUGAAGAACACAUUGUAAUGAAUGAAUAUAACAAAAUAAUGUCAGAUGAAUCUUCAGAAAGAAUAGUCGAUGAAAAAUUAAAUGAUAAGAAUUAUCCAUCAAACAGUAAUAAGAAUAAUAAUAAUAAUACGAGUAAGGAAAUAUCUCCGGUAAACCAGUCUAAUCUAUUAAAUGUUAAUGAAAGUUUAAAACGCUUAAGAUCAUCAUCAUCAUCAUCACAUUCGUCAAAUGAUCCAAAUCCAAAUUUCGCUGAACUAUCUUCAUUCAUGAUAGCCUCUUGGAUUGAAUCUAUUGAAAAUUCAUCAAAAACCUUACAUUCAAAUUUACCUGAACCUACUUGGAAUAUUCAAUCAAUAAAUGAUUCAAAUCAAUUAAUUAUCACUAAACCAAUAGAAAGAUUCACUUCUUCAAAAUGUUCAAUAGAUCAAUUUCAAUAUGAUCAUGAUCAUGAAAUCAAUCAACAAACUAUUCAUUCAACAGAUUUUAAAUUAAAUACAAAAGCUAGUUCAAAUCUAAAUAAAUUUACUAUUUCAUCUUUAUUGAAUACAGAAAUAAUGGAUAAGACAAAAAUUGGAUCAGAAAUGAUAGAAAAUGAUAAUUAUAUUCAUACAUUUCAAAAAUGUAAUCAGAAACAAGAAACUACAAAAAUUAUAUCGAAUCCUCAAUGUCUUUCAUGACAUUAUUAUUAUUGUUGUUGUUGUUGUUUAAUCUGAUCUAUCGGGCUAUGUAUAUAUGUAUUUAUGUACAAAAAUGUCUUGGUAACCAGUAAUACAUUCGAAACAGAUUGAUACCAUUCAAAAGAAAAUAUCUAAAAAAUGGACAAAACAAUCAAUUCAUCUAAUAAUAAAUACACUUUAAUUAUCCCACAGAAGAAAAAAAACAAACAUCCCUUAGUGAUACCAAAGUACAUACAUGAUCUUUCAAAUGUGAUUAAUAACUAUAAAUGAAAGAGUUAAAUUUUCUGACGAAAAAAGAACAACAAAACAACUGAGAACAAGUUAAUUGAAUAUAAUUAAUACACAAUCAAGACUCAUUUAAAUCUUUUAUUCAUUUACAAUAUCAAAUCCUGUAAUAUACCAACAAAGAAUAAGUAAACAAAAUAAUAACUUAUAGAUUCCAUUUGUUUAUCAUUUAUUAUGUUCAAUAGUGUAAACAAUCAUUAAAACUUACUAGUAACAGGUUGUUGAUCCAAUGAUCCAAUGUAAAGAUGACUUAAGAUUUAUAAUGUAUGUUUCAAAGUAAUUGUGAUCCUAUUCUUUCUAAGAUCAAUACUAUCAAGUAAUCUAAACUUAAUGUUAUUGUUUCGAAAAAGUUUCAUUGUUCGUUUUUUUUUCAAAGCACAUCCUGAUCUACUUUUUGUACAGGAUUUCAAUAUCCUUUUAAAAAAAACAAAAUUUCAUACUAAACGAAUCAUUUUAUAACUUAUCAAUCAUUGAUUGUUCCUUUUCUUUUGUUUUUGGAUGUUCUAAUGGAUUACAAUGUAGGAAACGAUCGAUAUUAUACAGGCAAAGAAAGCAGAACUGAUACAUCAAAUAAACAUAUAGGCAUAAAAAGAGAUACAGCAAUACAUUUAUUAAAUAAUUGGAUGGUGACGAUAAAUUUAAUUUGUAUAUUUUUUUCUUGGUGGAAAAAUGCUGAUUUGCCGGAAACGCUUGCCUUCAAUAACUUCGAACUAUUCACCAUCUGUGAUUAAUUAUUUAACCAUUUGUUGCUAAACAACUUCUUGCUUAUCAUCAAUGUACUAGACAAUAAUUAUGUUAAGAUGAAAAAUAUGAUAUAGUUUGUUGGAGAAAAAAAGUUCAUUCUUACCUGUAACUAACAUUUUUCAUUCUGGUAGGUAAAUACUUUGAUCUUUAUAACUCUCUCUCUAUCUACCUCCCUCCCCCCUCUCUCUCGUUUUAUAUAUAUAUCUCCGACCCUUAAGGUGUAGUAAGUGGA